CGAGCAGCAGCUGCUAUGAACAUCAGCACUACUUCCUUAACCUCUCAACUCUCACUCCCUCACCUUCGCGCCCCUCGCGCGUCCCAUCAACGCGCCACCUUCUCCCUCUUCUCAACUCUCUCCAAGACCCGGCGACUCUCUCCCUCCGCCAUGUCCUCCGCGCCUCUCCGAUCUUCUUCUCCGAUCACUCUAGUGGAACUCAGCGACGAGUCCGAUUUCGAAUCUCUCCUCUCCCCCGACGGUUACAUUUCCGUCUGCGGCUUCGGCUCUCUCCUCUCCGAGAGAAGCGCCCGAAGCACUUUCCCCGAUUUGGUGAAUUUCAGAACUGCUAAGUUGAACCAGUUUCGUCGCGUGUUCGCUCACGUGGCUCCGGUUUUCUUCGAGCGCGCCAUUGCCAAGCCAGAAACUAUGGAGAUUUCAAGCUUGAGUGUGGAGCCAUGUGAAGGAGAGACUCUUAUAGUAACAGUCUUUGAGAUCAGAAAAUCAGAGAUUCCAGAUUUUAUCAGGAGGGAGGUUGAGUUUCGGUUUCUAACUGUUCUUCCGGAAACACUUGAUGAUAAAUCUUUUGACUUUCCAGCGGUCCUUUGUGCCCGUUAUAGUGAUGAGGAAUUUUUCAAAAUUAGAUGUAAAGGAAACAAGGAAAUCUAUUUUCAGCAAUAUGGACGAUGGAAUAUUGAUAAAAUUUGGAGGGAUGAUGUCUUACCUUGCCGUGUUUAUCUUCGACACUGCGUGCUGGCAGCAAUGAAUCUUGGUGACACAGCCUAUAACAACUUUCUGGAUCACACUUAUCUAGCUGACCGUAAAACAACUAUUCGUGAGUACCUGGCAACAACAGGUUCUGGCAUCAUGGAAGAGGAGCCCCCAGAUUCCCUCAAAUAUCGCUAUGGUGGUUGAUAAUACCAACAGUCAAUUUUUACUGCUUUAGACAUGUCAAUGGCAAGGGAUGGCAGAUGGGCUGAACGUUUUGUUUAUUCAAUGGAAAAACAAAACAUUCUUUAAUAAUACUUUGAUGAUCUUCAUUCUUCCCAUAUUUGCUGGAAGUUUUGAAUAUCUAGCUCAAGAGUAGCAACAAGGGCAUGUUUGUAGAGCUUUAUUUAUGUCAGCUGUUAUCUGUAAGCGAGUAUAGCAUCAUAAGUACCCCAAUAAUUUUGUUGGAUGUAGUUACAGAAGAAAAAGUAAAUCUCCUCUCUUUGGAAGAACACAACUCUAUA